ACCAUAAAGUGAAAGAGUCCAUAUAUGCUAAUGUGUGCCGUGGACUUACCAUUGGCCACUUGAAAUCACACAAUAUAUCUUUGAAGAUUGCUUCUUAAUCAUUCAACAAAAGUCCUUGUACUCAAACCGAAAACAUGGCUGGAGUUUCUUCCUUUCUCCCAGCAGAGCUUUUGCUCGCAAAACGUGUCCAAGAUAUGGUCAUCAAUGGUGAAGAACCAGCUUCCCUUCAUAUGUCUAGGGACACCAAUGAAGCUCAAAACGUUCCAUCUCAUCUAUCUAUGAUUCCCAUCAUUGAUCUCAAUUUCAUCUCAUCAUCAACGACAAGUAGUGGAGAAGAAGAACUGCGUAAACUCAAAUCAGCACUCUGCUCAUGGGGUUGCUUUCAGGCUACUGGUCAUGGAAUUCCUAUUGCACUUCUAAACAAAGUUCGUACAGUUGCUAGAGAAUUCUUUGAACAACCUAUGGAAGAGAAGAAAAAGUACUCCAAAAGAGUUGAUGAAAUGCAAGGUUAUGGGGGUGACCCUACCCCUGAACAAGGUCAGUUCCUUGAUUGGCAAGAUCGCCUGUUUCUUGAUGUAUAUCCUGAAGAUCUAAAGAAGCCAACAUUUUGGCCACAAAAUCCCAAAUCAUUCAGAGAAGUUUUAGAAGAAUACACAAUAAAGAUCAAAAUGGUGACAGAGAUGGUCUCUAAAGCCAUAGCAAAAUCAUUGCAAUUAGAAGAAAACUGCUUUCAGAAUCAACUUGGUGAAGGAGCAAUUUUGAAUGCAAGGUUCAACUACUACUCACGCUGUCAAAGGCCUGAAGUUGUUCUUGGCUUAAAACCUCAUGCAGAUGGAUCAGCAUACACCAUCAUCUUACAAGAUGAUGUUGAAGGCCUACAAGUCCUUAAGGGCGAGCAAUGGUUUACGGUACCCACUAUAUCCGAUGCUCUCUUGGUCCUCAUGGGUGAUCAAAUGGAGAUAAUGUCGAAUGGAAUAUUCAAGAGUCCGGUGCAUAGAGUACUGACUAACUCAGAAAGGGGUAGAAUUUCUAUUGCCAUGUUCUAUUCUCCGGAGAAAAACAAAGAGAUUGGGCCCGAAGAAGGCUUGGUUAAUGAGGAAAGACCGAGAUUAUUUAAGAAGAUUACAGAUUAUGCGGACGUACAUUGGGAAUACUACCAGAAAGGGCAGAGAGCACUUCAUGUGGCAAAAGUUUGAAUGCAUCUCUUUUUAGUUUGCAUGAAGAGAUGCCUUUGAUUUAAUCAUGGUAGGUAGUAUGUAUAAUAUAUUUAUGCAACUUGAUAGAUACUGUUGGCUUCAAUAUAUAUGUUUGAGUCUGUGUAUGGUGUGUUUAUUGAGAAAGGGCAUCGCUGUCGGCCAGUUGGGUGUCCGUUUGUUUCUAAGAUUGUGACAAUGGAUGAAAACUCUCAAAUUGAAUCCCCGCACUUUCACUCUUCACACCCCCAAGCUCUCUUGAUGUAGGUAAUUUCAAAUAAAAAUCAUCUUAUCUU